ACGAUGGACAGCAACGUGGUGCAGAUUUUUAAGGAGGAUAAAUGCCCCUCAUCUCACCCUGAGAAGUGUUUACCUAACUUCACAUGGCAGUCUGCUGUCUCGGACAUUUACAACAGUUCUCUGAAUGAAAGCUGGACGACCGAGCAGGAAGCUAUGUCUCCUCUCAUUCCGAUCAUCACUGCCGUUUACUCCGUGGUGUUUGUUGUUGGACUGGUGGGAAACUGCCUGGUGAUGUAUGUCAUUAUCCGAUACACCAAAAUGAAAACCGCCACCAACAUCUACAUUUUCAACCUGGCUGUCGCAGAUGCUUUGGUAACCACCACCAUGCCCUUUCAGAGCACAGAUUACCUGCUAAACUCCUGGCCAUUUGGAGAAGUGGUGUGCAAGGUUUUCAUCUCCAUUGACUACUACAACAUGUUUACCAGUAUCUUCACUUUGACCAUGAUGAGUGUGGACCGAUAUGUGGCCGUCUGCCAUCCCGUCAAGGCCCUGGACUUCCGGACACCAAUGAAGGCUAAGAUCAUCAACAUCCUCAUCUGGGUGCUGUCCUCGGCUGCUGGGAUCCCUGCAAUGGUUCUUGGAAGCACUCAGACGAACAAUGGCACGACAGAGUGUGCUCUGCAGUUUCCAGACCCAUAUGUCUACUGGGACACAUUGAUGAAGAUCUGCGUCUUCAUCUUCGGCUUCGUGGCUCCUCUCCUCAUCAUCACCGUUUGCUACACUCUCAUGGUCCUGCGUCUCAAGAGCGUUCGUCUGCUUUCAGGCUCACGUGAAAAAGACCGCAACUUGAGACGCAUCACUCGCUUGGUUCUGGUUGUGGUGGCAGUGUUCGUUGUGUGCUGGACACCCAUUCACAUCUUCAUUCUGGUCAAAGCUCUUUCGCAUGGAGUGCCGGAGACCACAUCGGUCAUGGCUGCCUACUUCUUCUGUGUGGCGCUGGGGUACACCAACAGCAGCCUGAACCCUAUUCUGUAUGCCUUCCUUGAUGAGAACUUCAAGCGCUGCUUUAGGGACUUCUGCUGCCCAGGUCGGACUGCAGGCGACGGGCGCGGGGUUAGUCGGGUCAGAAGCACUCUUCGAGAGCACACGUGCCCAGCAGAGGCCAAAAAUGACGGAGGCCAGGGUCGACCCGUAUGACUAGCCGUGGAGCUGUCAUCCUUUCACGGUCGAGAGGACUCCAAUGACCUGGGACUGACACAGAUCACAACCGCCAUCUGAGGAAGGGAUUUUGCCAUUUAGGUUCAGACGAGGGCGCUUAGGAAUCUGUGGUUGAGCAAAAAGGCUUCUUUCAUACAGUAUGUCCAUAUAAAUAUUUACAGCAUCACCUCGUUUAGAGUUUACUUUCUCAUUACUUUUAUCCCCGUUGACCAAAGAUGGAACGUCAUGCUCAAAGAGGCUUUUGCGUAAGGUUACAAGUCCUUCAAGAUAUAUAGGGAAGAAUUUCCUUACCUGCGUCAAUGCAAUGCUUCUUUUGGUGUUAAAAGGUUUUGGAGAGAGUAAUGAGUAUGUAAAUGGCACUUUUUAUGUGUUUGAUCUUGGUGAAAUAGAUCUGCUAUGCUGCUGCUGCUUAGAUUAACAAGACUCUAUAUAUUCACAGACACUGUCUGAGAAUAUAACAAACUCCUGCUGCAAGCAUAACAUACCUGAAUUCCCCCAUAGCAGAUCUAUACACAGGUGGAGCUGGGGUGGAGAAGGGUUCCCGAAAACAUGCUGCAGAUUGCUAAUGCAAAUGACAAUGUAUUUCAGUGUUGAGAAGAGAGCUGAGGCAACCAGUCACCUGUGCCAUGUAGUUGGAAGGAGAUUUGAUGGACCUGUUCAAGUACAGUUUAAGACUUAACUGACUGCAUAUGUAUUUUUAUGACACAUGCAGUAUUACUAAAGUCUGCUGGAGUCAGUUUACUGCUUUUCCACCAUUAUUUAACACCCAACAAAGCAUGUCUUAUAGCAGUG